GACAAAUAUCUAGUAGAAAACUACUCUUGAAUUUAUUUUUCAAAUUCCUAAAACCAAAAACAUGUAAUUAACGAAUUAUUUGUUCACAAAUAUGCCUCAUCUCAAAUUAACAACAAAUAUCCAAAUAGUGGUUAGUGUUUACCCACUUCAUAACAUAACUACUUCCCUUCCCCACCUACACUCCUCACACUUUAGCUAAUCACACUCAACAAGAUUACAAGAAUGAACGCCGCAGCAUUUCCUUCCCUCCAAUCUUCAUUCUUCUCCCAAACUCCAAGCGGCCGAUCAUCACCAUCAUCGCAGUCCACCUUCGCCUUAUCAGUUCCUUCUUCUUCUUCUUCUUCGCCUUCCACCUUCAGAACCCAAACCUCGCUUUCCCUCCUUCCCGACAACAACAACAACAAUGUCUUCCUGCAAAAACCCCGCCGCGCCUACAACGUCCGCACCAGACGGAACCUAUCACGCGCCGCCACCGCAAUCAGCUGCUCUGCCGUCGACCCGGCGAAGAAACUCCGCUUGAUCCUCGACUCUCCUGGGACCCACCAAGGUCCCGCCUGUUUCGAUGCCCUGAGUGCUAAGCUCGUGGAGAAAGCCGGGUUCCCCUUCUGCUUUACAAGUGGGUUUUCAAUAUCAGCUGCUAGAUUGGGGCUGCCGGAUACUGGGUUCAUAUCGUAUGGAGAAAUGGUGGAUCAAGGGCAGCAAAUCACUCAAGCUGUGUCGAUUCCUGUGAUUGGAGAUGGUGAUAAUGGAUAUGGGAAUGCCAUGAAUGUUAAGAGGACGGUGAAAGGAUACAUUAGAGCUGGUUUUGCUGGAAUCAUUCUUGAAGACCAGGUGUCUCCAAAAGCUUGUGGGCAUACCCGUGGUAGGAAAGUGGUGUCAAGGGAAGAGGCAGUAACGAGGAUAAAAGCAGCCGUUGAUGCUCGUCAAGAGUCAGGAUCGGACAUUGUGAUUGUUGCGCGGACCGAUUCUCGCCAAGCGGUGUCCUUUGAUGAAUCACUCUGGAGGUGUAGAGCGUUUGCUGAAGCUGGAGCGGAUGUCCUUUUCAUUGAUGCAUUGGCUUCAAGAGAAGAAAUGAGAGCCUUCUGUGAAAUAUCUCCCCUAGUUCCGAAAAUGGCCAAUAUGCUUGAAGGAGGUGGUAAAACACCAAUACUCAAUCCCUUGGAGCUGGAGGAAAUUGGCUACAAGAUUGUGGCGUAUCCACUUUCCUUGAUUGGAGUUUCUAUUCAAGCAAUGCAGGAUGCUCUUUCUGCCAUCAAAGGAGGCAGGAUUCCUCCUCCUGGAAGUAUGCCAUCAUUCGAAGAAAUAAAGGAAACCUUAGGUUUCAAUGAUUACUAUGAAGAAGAGAAGCGGUAUGCUAUCAGUUCAAUUUCCAGGCAGACAGGUUCAUCAGCGAGCAGUAAUGUGUAUUCUAUACAACGGAGUGCUCAAGAUGAUAGAGAACAAAGAAGUGAAAGUCCCCAAGAGCCUGUUGUGGAAGUGAUUACUCCUGAUGUGUACAAUAACUAUGGUGCAGAUGGUUCUAGACCCUUUUCUGGAAUCUGGUCUCGGACAUUGAGAGUCAAGAUAACAGGCAGAGAUGGGUUUGAGAAACUUGACGUCAGAAUCCCCGCUGGGUUCUUAGAUGGGAUAACAAACAUAGUGCCUGCUUUGGGAGGUGUCAACAUCAAAGAACUGUUGGAUCAAGCCUCCGGGGAAGCAGGUGGCAAGCUGCUGUUGGAUUUCAAUGACACAGUAGGAGACAGAAUUCAAGUCUUCCUAGAAUGAACUCUUUAAUCUGCAUGCCUUCACCAAAGCAAGAUGGAAGACUCCUUGCUACCAGGUUAGUGCAAAAAUACUCAUCUAAGAUCUUUCAGUAUAAACUGAUAUGAAUUGCCAUGACUGAGAUACAUAUGAUUAUGCUCUCGACAUAAUUCAUCCUGUUGAACGACGCGAAAGAGUUCUGUCUGUUCUUGCUAUGCGUUGGGUGGAAUAAUUGAUUCAAUUGGUAAGCUAAGAGAUCUAUCGCUAGUUCCUAAUCUUAUAGCAAUGUCGAAAUGGCCGAGAGAUGAAGCCUCCUAAAUGUUGGCAGCCCACUAGUUGUUGACAGUAUUAAGAGGGUUCAUGACCACCAUCGUAGUAUUUAGAGACUGCAGCUAUUACAGCAAUGAGGUCUAUUCCGGGCUAAGAAUUGUCAGGACAGGGAGAAAAUAUUGCUAAUAGUGCUAUAUGGCUGUGUUUGCAUCAGGAAGUGCAAGAACAAAGAUUCGACGGCAAAGUAGAGAUUGCAGAGGCAUGAAGGAGAUGAAAGUCGUGGGCCAGGAUGAUCGAAUUUACUCAGCCGAGUAAUCGACCGAGUCAAUUGUACCUUGUACUUGGCUUGGAAGCUGAUCUUGAUCAGAUUGUGAUUUUGAGUCAUUGCUCAUUCCUUUCUCAGUGAAAAUUGUACUUUUUGGCACUAAUAAAUCUUGAGAAGGUAUACGACCAAAGUUUCUAGCAUCACUUGAACGAUUGUCCAUUGCUAUGAUGCAGCCUCAAUAGAAUUAGCUAUCGAUAACUACAACGUUACCAAAUUUUGAAAACGUGUAUACAGGAUCAAGUUGUAGGAUCGAUCAAAUCAUCAUGAACGAAACAAACCAAAAGCUGUAAUAUUUUCGAAUCCAGAAACCAGAAUAUAUAUUUAGCUACAAGAUUGGGUAUAUAUUGCACCUUGAAUAUUCUCUCCAAAGGGAUACAAUCAGCAGAAAAUCGACAUUACAGCGGACAACGAAUGCGGAGCGAAUAAGAGGUGGAACGAAUU